AUAUAGACACAACAGGGGUGAGUUUUGAUUUUUUAUUUUAAAUACUUAAUUUGGCUUGGAUCCCAUAUGGAAUCUCGGAUCACUAUAUAAACUUUCAUGCUAUACAAAUCCAAUUUGGACCAUAUAUUAUGAGACUUGGUCAUAUUGUUGUAGUGUAUACAUACAUCAUUGCAUGUUCUUCUAACCUUAUAUCUAUCAAGGACGGCUAUUACCCCAUUAUGGAACUAAUCAUAUUAUAUGUUAGCAUUAAAAUACUUAAAAUUCUAGUAUAGCUUCAAUAGGUACGGCAUUGACCAAUUCUAAAGGACAAGAUUCCAUUAUAAAGAAAAAACUCUUCUCUAAGUCUCAUUGCAAUAAUUAAUCUAACUUGCACAAAAUUUGUUGUUUUCUCUUUGUAAUUGCAGGCCUCAAAGGAUAUAUAUUUGAUCUUUUUCUUCUUUAUAAUCACUCCUAUACCUCAUUAGUUUAAACAUCUUUUUUUUUCUUCAAUUAAAAAGUUCAACCAUGACAGAUUUUCAAGGCUACAUCAUACUUUUCCUGGUGUGGAUUGUCUCCACCAUGUUGGUCCGAGCCAUAUUUACCAAAACUCGGACCAAAUUUCGCCUUCCCCCAAGUCCAAUGGCCCUUCCAAUAAUCGGACACCUUCACCUUCUCGGUCCAAUACCUCACCAAGCUUUCCACAAACUCUCUAACCACUAUGGACCUUUAAUUCAUCUCUACCUUGGCUCUGUUCUUUGUGUAGUUGCUUCCACACCAGAAGUGGCGAAGGAGUUUCUUAAGACACAAGAAACUUCCUUUUUGAAUCGCCCUCAGAUGACCGCGGUAGACUAUCUUACAUAUGGCUCAGCUGACUUCUCCUUCACCCCAUAUGGACCUUAUUGGAAGUUCAUGAAGAAAAUUUGCAUGACUCAACUUCUUGGUGGCAGAACAUUAGAUCAAUUUCUUCCACUUAGAAGAGAAGAGAUUAAGAAAUUCUUACAUUUGAUGCUAAAAAAGGCUGAUCAAAAGGAAGAGGUUGAGAUUGAAGGAGAACUAAUGAAGCUUUCCAACAAUGUCAUAUCAAGAAUGCUUAUGGGGAAAACAUGUUCUGAUAAUGAUGAUAAUGAAGCUGAUGAGAUUAGGAAGCUGAUAACAGAAACUGCAGAGCUUACUGGAAAAUUCAAUUUGAAGGACUAUAUUUGGUUCUGUAAGAACUUAGAUUUACAAGGAUUUGGAAAAAGGCUUAAGAAAGUUCGUGAUAAGUUUGACUCCAUGAUGGAUAGGAUCAUUAAAGAGCAUGAAGAAGUGAGGAGCAAGAAGGAGAGUGAGGAUGAUACAGUGAAGGAUUUACUUGACAUGUUACUUGAUAUAUCAGAAGAUGAGAGUUCAGAGUUCAAAUUGACAAGAGAAAACAUAAAAGCAUUCAUCCUGGAUAUAUUUGCAGCUGGGUCAGACACAUCUGCCUUAACAAUAGAAUGGGCAUUAUCAGAGCUAGUAAACAACCCCAAUAUCAUGCAGAAAGCAAGAGAAGAAAUAGACACCCUUGUUGGACAAACCAGAUUAGUAGAAGAGUCAGAUAUUGGUAAUCUUCCUUAUCUUCAAGCUAUAGUCAAAGAAACACUAAGGCUUCAUCCAACAGGUCCAAUGGCUGUAAGAGAAUCAACUGAAAGAUGCACAAUUAAUGGCUAUGACAUUCCUGAAAAAACCCAAUUGUUUGUUAAUCUUUGGGCCAUUGGUAGGGACCCAAAGCACUGGGAAAGCCCACUUGAGUUCAAGCCAGAGAGGUUUGUUAGUGAAGAUAAUGAUGAGAAUGGGAAUGAUGGUAAGCAGUUAGAUGUUAGGGGUCAAAACUAUCAUUUUAUGCCAUUUGGGAGUGGAAGAAGAGGGUGUCCUGGAACCUCACUUGCAAUGCUGGUUGUUCAGGCCACUCUAGCUGCAAUGAUUCAGUGCUUUGAUUGGAAAGUUGAUGGUGUUGUUGACAUGGAAGAGGGAUCUGGUUUGACCCUCCCAAGGGCUCAUCCCUUGGUGUGUGUACCAAUUGCUAGGCUUAAUCCUUUGCCAUCAUGAAAAAUUUAAGUGAAAUAAACAAAGGAAAAAUUAUGGAUUUUGCUGUAUUACUUCUCUAAUGGAGAUUGUUGGGAGUGAUUGAAGCUUUUUAAAUAUGUGACAAGAUAUAUAUUAGUAGUUAUCAUUUAGUGAAAAUUAGUGAAACAUUAGAGGAAGUUACUUUGUAGUUAUGAUACUUCAUUAAUGAAUUUAUCUAGCUCUGCAGGCUGAAGACAAGUAAUAUCUAAAAGAAUAUUAUGAAUACUUAGUGUGUUUUUAUUUUUUUAGUUAUUUCUAUUUUAUCACACUUGUUUGAUAUUUUGUAGUGACAGAACUCUCUCUGUAGCUAAGA